CGGCGCUGUGCAGACCUUGACAUUCACAAUGUCAGCGACAGGCGGAGACGCUGUUCCCGCUCGAUCGUCGCCCACUGCAGCAUCUCCGCAGGGGACGCCCUAUGCUCGUCAAAGCGUCGAUCGAUCUCCAUGGGCAGCGCAGGGGUUGUUAGGCGUUUCACCGCACAGCGGUGGUCCGGAGGUCCGGUUAGGGAAAAGGUGCCGAGGUAACGUUUCGCAUACGACUGGCGGCGUUGUUGGCCCGGGCGUGACACCCAUUUCGCCUUUCGCUGGUGUGUUGGGGGCUUCUCCGCCGGGUGUGCCCGCGGUUCGUGACACCGCCGCGUAUGGAGGUGUGUUUGGUGGUCCGUUGCUGCCGUCCCCACUACUGCCUAGACGGCUGGACUAUGAGGCCACGAUUCCUUCAACACCUGUAUGGUCACAUGCGCUGGCCCUGCCAUGUUCCGCUGGAGGCGCUUCUCUUUCAGGAGAUCGCAGUGACGCUUGGCGUUGUCCAGCCGUUUCACGUCCACGCGUUGUCGACGCGGCGGCCGCUUCGUAUGCUGUGCCUCCUCAGUCUCCCUUUGUCGCUCCUGAUUCCACACCUCCGGUUGACGAUGUCGCUAGCUCUGCGGCAGUCGGUGGCACGCCGUAUUCGGGAGGCAACAGCAUCGUGCGUGUGUGUGUGCGGGACGCGUGUCGGAGGUGGUUAUACGCUAUCCGCGAUGCUAUGGCCAGUGUGGGUGACCAUCGCGGACCGGUCAGUGAUGUUAUUGAUCAGCUGCUCCAUUGGUCCUUGCCAGCCAUCUGUGAGGAGUUUGGUGUCGGGGUAGCAGGUGUGAUUUCUUCGUCGUUGCCAUCUCGGGUGUGCGGUCGAGAUUUCACGUUGCGUUAUAUGCCAGGUGAUUCCGAUGCUGACUACGUUCCGGGGGGUUCACAGGGUUCAGAGAGCAGAGGGUUGGGGGAGUCGCAGGGGGGAUCGCAGAACUCAUUCCCGUCGUCACGUCGUGCAUCACAGCGCAGUGACAGAGGGCGCGGUAGACCCCGCAGCGCGGGCGCGCAUCAUUGCACUGUCACCACGAUGGAGUACGAGACUCGGCUUGUUGUGGGUGUGCACACUCUCCGUCCAAAGAUCGAAGGCAAGGCGUCGAAUCCGCUUGAGGUGCAAGCCGUCGUGCAACUUUUGCGAGGGCUGAUGGAGAAGGGAUUGAAGAUCCAGUGCGUUGUCUCGGAUGAUUGUGCCGCGCUGGGACCGUAGUUGCGAGCUCUGAACAUCGAGUGGCAGAAGGAUUGCCACCACAAAAUAAAAAACAUUCGCAAGC